GAUUAAAAAAAAAAAAAAAAAGUCAAUGUCUAUGACAUGUAAAAAAAAUUAUUAAUUCCAUGCGGAAACUUUUGUAACACCCAUCAAUUUUCAGCUAAAUCAGUUCGACCGAUCUUGAGUUAUAAAUAGUGUAACAUAUCUCUUUUUGGUCCAUCGAUACGGAUUAUACAGUGAUUAUUUAUUAUUUUAAAACAAACGGCAUCGGAGUACAGCGGCAUCACGCCCGCAACGCCUGCCGCGCAAUAGCGCACUUCCAGCAUUUAAACAAGACUUCAACAUGUCUACAGACACCCUAGAAAGGUUAAUUAACCGUAGAACCAAUUAUAAAGGACGUCUUAAACGGAUUUAUAACUUUGUAGAUGAACAGAAAAACCACGUGAAAAUAUACGAGCUAAAGACAAGACAGACAGAAAUGGCUGAACUUUAUGAAAAAUAUAAUACGACUCAAGAAGAUAUUGAAAUGAUUGAACAAUCAACGAAAUCCCACGAACAAGAGCGAGCUUCCACUGAAGAAAAGUAUUUCUCGUAUGCAGCAAAGAUUGCAGAAAUCUUGAAAGAACACGAACUCAACCGCUCUGCAUCUUCGUGUCAAUCGGUUCUACAACCCAGCUUAAAAUCACCAGUUAUUAAAAUUCCAAAUUUACAAAUUCCAAGCUUCGAUGGAAACCUGUCGGAGUGGUCCAAUUUCAAAUCGCUAUUCGAUGGAGUAAUCGACUCACAUGAGCAACUGACACACCUCCAGAAGUUCCAAUACCUGAAGUCAUUACUACGCGGGGAAGCUGCAGGUCUCAUCGACUCCUUAACAGUUACAGAAGAAAAUUAUCAACAUGCAUUAAGUAUACUUACUAAGAGGAUUCAACAUACAUGUUCAAAGAACAGCUGCUCUAUCUGUUCUAAAAAGCAUCAUACAGCUAUUCAUAUUGACAAUUACUCUUUGGCUAAAAUGUCUGGUAAUACUGCUGCAAGUGUAGGCAAUACACAAGACAAAUUAAUUACAGAAAAGAUACCUGAGUCCCAAUCAAAGCAGACACACAAGAGGAAAUCAAAAGGUUCUUUCUGCCUCAUCAUGCAGUUUUAAAACCAAGUAGUGUUUCAACCAAGUUACGUGUAGUUUUUAAUGGAAGCAGUCAGUCAUCUACAUCUAUCUCUCUCAAUGACGUCUUACAUGAGGGUCCUAACAUUUACACAGAUUUAAUAGACAUUAUAUUAAGAUAUAGAACCUAUAAAUAUGUACUAUCAUGUGAUUUAAUUAAAAUGUUCAGAAAUAUAAACAUAGAUCCCUUACAUCGUAACCUACAAUGUAUACUAUGGAGAGCAUCGCCUAACGAUGAUCUUAAAGUUAUUAGACUGAAUACAGUCACAUAUGGGACUAGAUGUGCUCCUUAUCUAGCAUUUAGGACAUUACUAGAGCUUGCCCAUCAGGAUGGUCACAUUUAUCCAUUAGCAGCACAAUGCAUUUUAUAUCAAACAUUUAUGGAUGAUGUCCAUUGUGGAACAAACUCACUCUCUGAAGCUAGAGAACUUUGCAAUCAAUUAAUUUCCCUAUUUAAAAGAGGUGGUUUUCAACUACAUAAAUGGUCAUCUAACAAUCCUCAGAUAUUACAAGAUGUUGAAAGCAACAAAGGUCAGCAUUCACCAACCAGUCUUAUUAUUGGUGAUGAAACUAGUACAUUAGGUCUCAAGUAUGAACCCGCAACAGAUACAUUUAAAGUUAACAUUCCCUCUCAGCAAUGUAACUUACAUUUUACUAAAAGAAUUGUACUCUCAAUUAUUGCCAAGAUAUAUGACCCACUCGGUUACCUAUCACCCGUUACUAUCACUGCAAAACUUUUCAUGCAACAGCUAUGGAAAGAAUCCAAUAUCAUACAAUGGGAUACACCCUUACCCAAACAUUUACUUCAACAAUGGCUGUCCUUCUAUGAUAAUAUUCAGAUAUUAAAAGAUAUUACUAUUCCUAGAUAUUGUUUCUCAGAUAUACCAAAUGAAAUUUACUUAGUAGGAUAUUGUGAUGCCUCACUAGUUGCUUAUGGCUCAUGUAUCUACAUUGUAGCACAUUAUCCUAAUCAAAAGCCAACUUCUAAUUUAGUUAUUAGCAAAAGCAAAGUUGCCCCUGUACGCACAGUCAGCUUACCAAAAUUAGAACUUUCUAGCGCUACACUACUCUCAAAAUUAAUGAAAAAAGUCAAACUUGCCUUAGAGGUAGCUAUUAAAAUACAUUCUGUAUACUAUUACACAGAUUCAAGUAUAGUUUUAAAUUGGAUAAACUCACCCUACAAAAAAUGGGAAGUUUAUGUAUCAAAUAGAAUCUCGCAAAUAUUACAAAACUCAGAUUCUAAUUUGUGGCAUCAUACUAGAACUUAUGACAAUGCUGCAGACUUACUUACUCAUGGCGUACACGCUAAAGAUUUUAAUAAUUUAUCACUAUGGUGGCACGGUCCGACAUACUUGCUCUCACCACCUAGUGACUGGCCAUGCGGUAGUGCUCAGACAAAAA